AAUGCUUUGUUGAUCUCAGGUUAAACUGGAACGCGUCUUCCGCAAAUGUGAAUACGCAAUUUUAGACAUGCGCAGUCUUCACUGCUACUAGCAUUGUUGGGUUGCUACCCUGCUACUGCUAACUAGCAAGUAUUUCCUGCCUGUGACUGGACACAGCAAUGGACAUCGACGCCCUAUUGGAAGCGUUUCAAGAUUUUGAGAAGAAAGGCAAGAAAGAGACCUGUCCUGUACUAGAGCAAUUCCUGUGUCAUGUUGCCAAGACAGGGCAGCCAAUGAUCCUGUGGCCACAGUUCAAAACAUACUUCAUGUUUAAAUUGGAAAAAGUCAUGGAUGAUUUUCAGGCUUCAACACCAGAACAGAGAGGACCACAUAAUCCCAAUGUAGAGUAUGUUCCCUUCGAAGAGAUGAAGAAGAGGAUCUUAAAAAUAGUGGAUGGUUACAAUGGAAUCCCAUUCACCAUCCAGCGUCUAUGCGAACUCCUUACAGACCCCAAGCGCAACUAUACAGGAACAGAGAAGUUUCUCGUGGGUUUAGAGAAGAAUGUAAUGGUGGUCAGCUGUGUGUACCCCACAUCAGAGAAAAAUGGGGCAUCCAGUGUAAACAGAAUGAAUGGAGUGAUGUUUCCUGGUAACUCUUCUCUAUAUUCAGACAGUCAAAACAUAAAUGGACCAAGCACACCAAAAUCGCUCAACAGACCAAAGCUGUCAAGCUGUCAUUCGCUUUCGACCAAUGGGCUCCCUGACUGUACAGUCAGUAAAGAGCCAGAGGCAACCACAGAGGAGGUGGAGGAGCACCAUAUCAGUGAUGCCUCGUCCUCAGAAGGUGAAAUUUCCCCAAACAGCGGGAUAAAGAAUAAACACCCCGAGGAAGAGGAGGAGGAUUCUGAUGCAGAUAAGCAUGAGGUCAAGAGGCUGAAGUUUGACAAAAAAGAAGAAGGUGAAACAGAAAGUGAAGAAAAGAAGUCAUCUUGUUGUAAAGUGUCAGAGAGCUUUCCAGAGACUUCAAAAGACUUGUGUGGUCAAGAGUACAAAAGUGGAACAUCUAGUGACACACCUACAAUUUCAGAGGAUCAUGAGCCCAGCAGCACACAGUCAGAACCUUCUGAAAGGGAAGAAGACUCAUCUGAGAGGAAGGAUGUCCACAGUCUGGAGAAUGACAGCCCUGUGGAUCAGCCUGAGCAGGCUGCUCCAUCAGAGAAGAGUACAAGCUCUGAACAGGAUAAGGGGGAAAGUAGUAGCAGCAGCAGCAGUGAUGGAGAAGGCCCACCCAUCGACAAGCAGGUCCCCUCAGCCAGUAAUUCACCAGACUUGUCAACAGAGGUUGACGCUAACAAUACAAACAGUGCAAAGACCGCGAUAGAGCCAGGGGAACAUGACUAACUUGAAGCCUAGCCUGCCAACUGACUUUUUUUUACACUGUAUGAUACCACACCAAGGGUAUGUCUGUAGCACUGUGGACCUCUAAACUUCAGGACCAGGAGCGAUGUGGACCUCGAGAUUCAUCACAGAAGGAUCUUUUUGUCCGCUUCAGUUACAACUACUCAAGGCCACACAUCACCUGGUCUUUAAACUGGAAGGACAUGAUUUAAAGAAGAUAAUAGGGACUGCUUUUUCACUGUUGACUAAAAGUUUUUCUAAUCUUUUGUUCCUGAUUUUUAUAUCUGAGUGUUAUAAUUUAACCUUGAAUAACUGAUGUAUUCAAUAUUUUCAUUGUUCUAGUAAUAUUUCCAAAAAGAUACAUUUGACAGUUUGAGUUGUGUUUUGGCCUAAGCAUAGUUGUUUUGACUAUCUUUCUUAUGAAUGGGUGUGUCUCCAGUUGAAUGAGGACAUGUGCCACUAAGAAUGUGAAGCAACACUUCAAACAUGUUAGUUUGCUUGUUCUAUGAAGCACAGACCAUAAAAUGUAUUUCUGAUUAACAUUAUUUUGCACUUCUUUGCAUUGACCCCCUGAAGGAUGUGGAAAACGUCAUAGUUUUGCUUUGUCACUGUAUGAAGCCAAUAUCAACACACAAUGUUGCCAGUAGUAACCAGUUUGGUUUGGUAGUAUAGUGGGUUGGCUUAAGGGAAGUCAUAUCUGCAUCAAAAUCUGUCAGCAGAACACAACGUACUUUUACACUUUCUGUAAGUCAUACUUUAGUUUUCCAAGUGUCCCUUUUGAUAGCUUUGAUUUUUACAUUUUUGUAGACUUGUUAUACAUGGCCAUUGCCUUUGUAGAACUAAUAAUGGCUGGAAAUUGAAUGCUUGAGCUUGUGUCAUAGUAUUCAUGGAAAGCAAUAAAAGCUCAAAAUUUGAAGUGUA